AUUUUUUCUCCUUUGUCGGUUUCGGUUUAUAAAACAAACUACCAUUUGGAUUUGACAAAUUCAACGAAAUUUUCUUCUCUUUUCUUAUUGACAACCACUCUUUCUUAUUACAAAUCAUACUUGCACGCCGGUCUCGCCACACAACAACUUGCAACCGUAACCCCAAACUAUGUCCUUUAUAGAGCUGCCUGACUCGUGGCCCACAGGCGAAGAGACCGCGGACAGCAACAGGCUUUUGAGCAAGGUCAAAACUGGUGUCUUCACCAACAAAACGCACCACCCGCCCACUCCAUACGUUUUUUAUGUCGCCAAUAUCGCACAGCGCACCACCAUUAUGAAUACGAUUACCAAAAACGGCGGCAGAACGCUUUCAUCUCUCACGCCCGAGGGUGCGGACUUUAUAAUCGACUUUGGGAACGAGCACUCGCACUCAAAAACCAACGUUGGCACGCCCGUGUGCCUCCCAAAGUUUAUUACCGAGUGUCUCGCGGCCAACCGCAUUCUUGACGCUCGGCACUAUAGCAUCGAGAGACCCAGAUCGAGCCCCAGCAGGUCUGGCAGCGAUAUCAAGGCACCGGCUAGCGAUUUGCGGCCGAUAGCUCACAAUGUGCACGCUGGAGAGGACAUGGACAUAGAGGACCGCUACGUUGACGAGAUGCUGUCUUCACAAUCACGCAGCAUUGCAGAAUACCGAGGCCUCGCAGUUGACAGUCCAGGGUCUCAGAGCACCUUCAGCAUGGCAAUCAGUGACAGCGACUAUAGGGUGAAGAGACAUCUCGACUCAACUAGCAGAGACAUCAGCAGCAUGUCUGUUGACGAAGCGCUGAGUCGGUCUCGUUCCGAGUCUCGGAUCGAUCAAUCGAGGCCCAUAAAGCCACUCCGGGCGGCCAGCGUCUGGCGGAGAGAGCUUCCGCAGUCACCCCAGCAGCCGCUGCCGACACAGUUUUCACCCGCCCCCUCAACCAGUCCGUCGCUCUGCUUCGAGAAUACCAACCGUCCGCCUAAGAGAGUAGCGCUAGUCUCCAGCGCCUCAAAGUCGUUCAAGGCAGCGCGCGACUUUUUCGAGUCCUCAUCGCCGGUGCUCAACGGGUCUCCCACAUUCUCGCAGAAAUUUCUGUCUCCGGUCGCUGCGCGCAGCAGGUCAGUCAACAGCAGCAACGGCAACAGAUGCGGCAAUGCCAGUGGGAGCAGAAGCAUAAGCACGGGCGCCAUGAGCCAUUCUAAAGUACCGCCCCUGCAACUGUCUCUGCUGCACAUGGAUACACAAAUGGAGGACCAAAAAGGCUUGUCGGAUCUGGAAAACAUGGAGAGCACGCCGCCGAUAGCAUCAAGCCCCGAGCUCAUGAUGCCAGAGUCAGAGCGGUCUGCACUGUGUCUAAGCAACCCCGACGAGGGCCCACCAUUUCAAUCGCCAGGUCAGUCAGUUAGAAACACCCCUGCGAGAAAGUUUUUUGAUACCAACACCAAUUUCAACAAGGACAUGUCGGACGACGACUACCCGGACCCAGCCCAAUUACUAGCCGAUCGCCGCAAUCCGCCCAAGUCAAUGUCUCCAGAACUGGGAGUCUCUGAGUCGCUCCCACACAAAACACCUGCCAACAGCCCCGACGAUGCUGUCCAGUCAGAGGCAGAUGUUGAGACCAACGGCGAAGAGGUACUGGAAGAGGCGUUGGCUCUGGAGCAUGAGCUGGUCUCUACAUGCCCAAAGCUCGGGAAGCGCAGGCGUACCACGCACGGCACAGAGGGAUACGACCAGCAGGCCCUGCCGGUCGUGAUCGACAAGCAGCACAAUAUGGUUAUCUCUGCAGAACCCGAGCAGACAGCACCCUCCAUUCCUGGGACACACCAAGCGCCUACGCCCGCACCCCGCUCGCACAGCCUCGACUCUAUGAUUACACCGAUUAGCCGCAGGGUGAGGAGGAGUUCAAUCCGGGGCAGAGCGUGGCCAUCUGCCAAGCGCAUACGGAUGAGUGCGGCCGAUUCUCCGGAUAUCAGCGACGGCAUAACGGCACCCCUAUCUGCCCCCGCAGCAACAGCGAACGUAUCGGCAUCGGCCUUGGGGGAUGAGGCCGGCCACCGUAGCUUACCGCAGACAACCUUUGGUCCCAGGCAGCCGGCUGAAUUCACCUCGCCGACGAAAAUGCCUGUUUCAGAAGAUGGACAGCUUCCGAUGGCCGAGCAAGCACCAGUGGUUGUCGCGUCGCAGUCAUCGCAGUCACCGAGCCACCCGGCCACUAGCCAGAACGCACCACAGUUGCUGAGCCUGGGCACCUCAAACCACGUCACACACGUUUCGCAGACUCCAGAGAUGCCCAGUCUGCCGUCUACAUUCUCCUCAGAGCGUAAUGCAGACUCGUCAGUUGUAUUGGCUGCUCUUUUGGGCAACUCCAAUCCGCCCACGCCGGCUGUCAGCCGCAUGUCAGAUAUUCAACACCAGGAGGCCAUCGCCGAGGUCGAUUCGAAUGCAGAGGCUGAAGUUGGUAGCGAGUCUAGCCACGAGUGCGCAAGCAAAGUGCAAUCUGAUGUUGAAUCCCCGGCUCCUGCUGCGCUAGCUGAGUCAUCCGAGGAUGAGCGGUGCGAUGUCGAAGAUGUUGGGCCCGAUGCCGACAACAACGCUUCCCCAGUUCCUGCCGCGCUGGCUGGGCCAUCUGAGGAUGAGCAGAGGGACACGGAAAAUAAGGAGGAGGCGGGUGCUACGGACGCUGGGGAUGUCGGAGAUGCCGCGGUCAAUCAGGUCGCUGCGCUUGGCAGGGACGGCGGCACUGCCGUUGUCGAGGAGUUUGACGUUGAAAAGUCUGCAUACAAGUCAGGGGACAGCAAGAGCGGAGCGUCAGAACACACCAAAGAUGCUGUGCUUCAAGCCGAGGAAACGCCGGCCGAGUAUUUAUCCAGAACGACCACUGGCUCUGGCUCUGUUGCUGACAUCGAAUCAAUUGCUGACUCCGAGCCCCAAAUGACCGAAGGCGACGCCAAUGAUUCAUCGACCACAACACCAUUGAAGACCCAGUCUGACGCGCUGGGUUCUGGUUUGCCGAGCCCACAUGCUCUUGGCACAGCGGAUAAGCCCAGCGAGGGCUUGUCGCCUGCACACGUAGUGGACGUGCAGGCUGGCUAUGCGCCAGAGGAGAGCAGUGGGUCGGGUAAAUUAAUUCCCAAGCCUGUGGUUAAUGCAGAUGGCGGGGACUGGUGGAUUGAGGACACGGAGGUUCUCUUGGACGAGCACACGGGCAGGCUGAAAAGAGACAUGCGUUCGCUCUCACCAUACGCAAGCCCCGGCAUGCAAAGUCAAUCUGCAAUAAGCACCCGGGAAUUCACUCGACUGGACGACAGCGCCAAACGAGUUGUCCGGAAGUCUGAUUUGACGGCGCAGCCGCAGCUGCAGCCCAGCCGACAGCGCAGAAUAUCUACGGGCCGUCGCAUGUCGGUAUGCGAGCGGCUGUUGGAGCUGCACCAGGCGAGCAACGGUGGUGUGGGCAAUGGCCUGGGCGAUAAUGAGGCGCGGCCAUCAGCCUUUGAAAUGGCCCCACCAUCAGCGGCGCCGUCACCCUCUCGCCGGGCGUCGAUCAGCGGGACAAUCCGUGCGUUUGGUGGCGGUGAGCCCGAGAUCGACGACAUUGAUCGUCUUAGGUAUAUGGGACGGGUCAAGGGCUUGAUCGAGGGAGGCAGUAUAUCGGCCAAGGAGGCGCUGCAGGUGCUGUAUUUCUGCACCGGCGACUGGGUAAAUGCGCGCAGGUAUAUUGCUGAGGGGGCGGCGGCGAUACCCGAAGACUGUCUGUGGAACGCGCAGGACGAUGAAACGCUGCUUCAGGGAUUGAGCAUGCGCAAAAUGAAGGAGCUGCGUGAGCGCAGAGGAAAUGUCGAGGUUUACCGGCGUCUCCAGUUCCUGAACACCUUCCACGGAUCUGGCACGUAGCGAGAUUUUUAUUGCGUGGCUUUAAUAUUGAUGUUAUUGUAUAAAAAAUAUAUAUGCUAUCGAUUAACUCGAAUGUUUUUCGAGUGGGGGGUAUGGCGCUUUAAACCCUUUAAAGGUCCAUAGGGAUAGUCUUAUUUUUCUCUGAAG